AUGGCGUCUAAUGUUUCGACGGAUUUAAAUGUAUUAAAAAAAGAUUCAGCAAAAUUCAUUAAGAGUAAUUCAGUUGAAAUUUCUAAUGAAGAUUUCACUGUUGUAUGGUUUGAUCAACAUAUGGAUGAAAUUGAAAAUCAAGAAGAUGUUGAAAUAACGAAAGGUUUAUUACGACAAUUAGAUUAUUAUGUUUUAUUUUUUACUAAACCUGAUUUAUGUAUUAAUUAUAUAAAAUCUGUUUCAAAAGAAAACAUAUUUUUAAUUAUAUCAGGUUCAUAUGCUGUUGAACAUCUUGAUAAAAUGCAUUCAUUCAAACAAAUUGAUUCUGUAUUUAUAUUCUGUUUUUGUGAAGAAAAAUAUUUACAUUUGCAAGAAAAAUAUUCAAAAAUAGUUGGUGUAUUUACUGAACAACAAGGUUUAAUUGAAUCACUUAGACAUACUGUUGAUUUAGUUAUAAAACAAGCAGCUGUUUUUGCUCUAUUUGAUGGUAAACAACGUUCAACAAGAUAUUUAACACGAGAAUCAGGUGCAUUUCUUUGGUUUCAAUUAUUAACUGAUGUUUUAAAAAAAAUAACAAUAACAGAUAAAAAUAAUACGGGAAUGGAAGAAAUGCUUACACAUUGUCAAGCUUAUUAUCGAGGAAAUCCUGUUGAAUUGAAGAAUAUUGCAGAAUUUAGAAAAAAUUAUAAACCAGAAGAUGCAAUUUUUUGGUACAGUAAACAAAUAUUUGUUUACAGAUUAGUUAAUAAAGCAUUACGUACAGAAGAUAUUGAUGUUUUAUAUACAUUUCGUACUUAUAUAACUCAUUUACGUAGCCAAAUUACUGCUCAACAUAAUAAAUUACGUGAAGAAUUUAUAGAUGACAAAUCGACGUCAAUUCAUUUAUAUCGUGGAUUAAAACUGACCGAUAAUGAAAUUUUACAAAUGCGUAAUAGUCUUGGUGGUUUAAUAUCCAUGAAUGGAUUUUUUUCAACAAGUCGAGAUAUUAAACAAGCGAUUCGUUAUGCAACUAAAGAAUCUAAAAGAGAAGGUGUUGUUGGAGUUUUAUUAGAAAUAUAUGGAAAUAUUGCUUCUGAUAAAAUGAUAUUUGCUGACAUUGCUCAAUUUAGUCAAUAUCCAGAAGAACAAGAAGUUCUUUUUGAUUUAGCAACGGUUUUUAAAAUUGUUCAUGUCGAAUUCGACAAAGGAAGAAAACUAUGGACUAUACAAUUAUCAGGUGUAGACAAGUUAUCAUAUGAAGUAAAUGAAUAUAUUGAGAGUAUAGAAAAAGAAACUGAAGAAUCAGGCUCAACUUUAUUAUUUAGUCGAUUGAUGUGUGAUAUGGGUGAAUAUGAAAAAUCUGAAAAAUAUUUAAAACGUCUUUUGUCAGAUUUACCAAAAGAUCAUAAAGAUAUUCCAAAAAUCAAUUUUCAUCUUGGUCGUGUUUCUUAUUUUCUUAGUGAAUAUAAACAAGCUCUUGAUUAUUAUGAACGUGCAUUAGUUUUACAAAAACGUGAAAUUCAACCAGAAGAAAAAUCAUUUGAUAUAGCACGAACAUUACAUAAUAUUGGAAAUAUUUAUUUAGAACAAAAACAAAUAUCAAAAGCAUUAGGAUAUUAUGAACAAGCUUUAAAAAUGAAGCGUGCAGUACUUGUUGAUAAUCCUAAUCAUCCAUCAAUUGCAACAACAUUAACUGCUAUUGGAUCAAUUUAUAAGAAACGCGGAGAUUAUAAAAAAGCAUUAGAAUUAUUUCAACAAUCAUAUGACAUGAAAAAACUUACAUUAGCAGCAGAUCAUCCCUCACUCGGUGAUUCAUUAAAUAUUCUUGGAACUAUCUAUCAGGACAUGGAUGAUUAUGAGAAAGCACUAGAAUGUUAUAGAAGUGCAUUAAAAAUAAAACAGAAAACUUUACCACCGGUACAUCCAUCAAUAAGUGCUACCUUAAAUAAUAUGGGAGUUAUUUAUCGAAAAGAAGGAGAUUAUGAUAAAGCAUUGUACUAUUAUACUAAAGCACUUGAUAUCGAAAAAGCAACAUUAUCAUCGGAUUGUUUAGAUAUUGCUGAUACUUAUAAUAAUUUAUGUGUAGUUUAUUAUGAUCAAUCACGAUAUGAUGAAGCAUUAGAAAUGGCUAAAUUAAAAUUAAACAUAUUAAAGAAACAUUUUGAUGAUGAUGAUGAACAAGUUCAAAUAACAAAAAAUAUUAUUGAUGAUUUAAAUGAAGAUAUAACUAAACACUCUAACACAAAGAAACAUAAUACUGCUCCUGCUGAAGUAUUUUUUUGA